CCUCAGUGACCCACUCUUCUCAAAACACUUAUAAGUAGCACCAUGUGUGACACAGAGGAGUUUGCGGAAGAGUUUGAGGAGGAACAGGAGGAGUUGAACGAAGAGGUAGAAGAAGAAGAAGAAGAAGAGGAAGAGGCUGAAGAGGAGGUUGAAGAGGAAGAAGAAGAAACUGAGGACAAAGAAGAAGAAGAUGAACAAGAGGCAGAGGAGGACGCCAAACCCAAGCCCAAAAUGUUUAUUCCCAACAUCAUGGCACCAAAGCUCCCUGAAGGAGAGAAGGUGGACUUUGAUGACCUCCACCGGAAGCGUGUGGAGAAAGACUUCAAUGAAUUGCAGAGUCUCAUUGAGCUGCACUUCUCCACCAGGCAGAAGGAAGAGGAUGAGCUUGUGGCUUUGAAGAACCGCAUUGAGCGCCGUCGGGCUGAUCGCGCAGAGCAGCAGCGCAUCAGAGCAGAGCGUGAUCGAGAGAAGCAGGCGCGCCUCGCUGAGGAAAGAGCACGGCGUGAAGAGGAGGCCGCCAAACUGAGAGCCGAAGAGGACGCCAGGAAGAAGAAGGUCCUUUCCAACAAGGGCUAUGGUGGAUAUCUUCAGAAGGUGGAUCAGAAGAAGGGCAAGAGGCUGACGGAACGUGAAAAGAAAACUAAAUGUCUGAUGGAGCGUCGCAAGCCGCUCAACAUUGAUCAUCUCAACCAGGAGAAGCUGGGAGAGAAAGCCCUUGACCUUUGGAAGUGGCUCACUCAACUUCACGCUGAGAAGUUUGAGCUGGCAGAGAAGCUAAAGAGGCAGAAGUACGACAUCAACGUUCUGAGGAACCGUGUUAGUGACCAUCAAAGAGGAGCUAAGACAAACAAGACCACCAGAAAGUCCUGGAAAUAAAUUCAUCUGAUUGACACAUUGCAAUGACACACAUAACAGAACCAAAGAGGUUUGUUGAAACCACAAUUCAAGUCCCGCAUUGAACUUCCUAAGAACUGAUUUUUGUUUUUUUGGUGAUUAAUAAUCCAUACUUACAUUACACUUUAUUCAUUUAGCAUUGUAUCAUACUUGUAUCAGGAUUUAUAGUGUUAUAUUUCAUGUAAUUUCAUCAUGUAAACCUUGUAUUUUUUUGGUCACAUGAUUUCACAAUAUGCAGAAGUAAUGCAAAUCAAUUUCUUUGCUUAUAUUUGGAAGUAUGGUGUGUGUUUUUUACCCUUUGCCCAUUAACCCCAAUGUUAUCAAAUAUAUAUCAUGGAAUUAAAGCAGUCAU